AUGACCGAGGAGAUGAGUGUUGAAAUGGUUGAAAAGGCUGACCGCGACGGCGGUCUUCGAUUUUCCGAGAAGAAAUUCCAUAAGCGGUCCGCGAAUUCUAAUGUCGAUGUCACUGAGGCGGAAGAGCAGAAAAACAGCAGAGUGGCUGAAUUGUUGGAUACUGAAGGCGGCUAUACUGGAAUGGGAGAACAAACAGUGGGGCCUAAAGGCGGAGGGGACAAAGAAAAUGGAACAGGUGAUGGUUGUGGAAGUGGGUAUCGUAUUGAAGAUUUUUGUCCAGAUCUUACAGACGAGUCCGACUGGUUUUCGAUGUUGAAGAAUAAGGAUUUGGGGGCUCUAUGUAUUAAAGACUUCGACAACAUCCUUUUCGAGAGUGUUGACGAGGCAGAGAAGUUCUACUCCUAUUACGCUUUCAUGGUGGGUUUCAGCAAGAAGAGGUGGAAACUGGACAGUAAGGUGUAUGACGGUGUUGAGACGAUAACGAGGAGGGCAUGGGCGUGCUCAAAACAAGGGACAUGUGUCCGAAAAAUUAAGGGUAAGAGGGACGAUGUUUAUGGAGAAGAUGCUGACGCAUGUGAAGAAGAGGGCAGUGAGGGUGACGAGAAUGAUAAAAACCGAGGCCCCCGACUUGUUAAGGCGAAGAAGACUGUUGGAAGGGACCGAAAAUACAGCAGGACCAAUUGUAAAGCAUUUAUGGCCAUUAAGCUGCUGAGGGAGAAGGGAAAGUACCAGGUGACAAGAUUCGUCACCACACACAACCACAACCUGGCUGAUAUAUUCGAGAAGCAUUUCCUACGAUCGAACCGCAAGGUGACAAUGCAAGACAUAUUGGAAGUGGAAGCACUAGGGGAUGCUAAUGUUAACACAAGUGCAGCAUUUAAUUAUCUAGUUCAACAAGCAGGGGGCAGAGAAUUUGUUGGCUUUAUGUUGAAGGACCUGUACAACAAGUUGGCGGAGCUGCGUAUAACCAAGACGGUGUUUGGAGACGCUGAAGCUGCCAUGAACUGGUUGCGAAUAAGAGGAAGUGAGGAGGAGAGAUUUUUCUGUAGAUACAUCCGAGAUUCAAAAAAGAGAUUAGCCGGACUUUUCUGGAGGGACACCCAUUCACUACUUGAUUAUCAAUUGUACGGUGAUGUUGUGGUAAUAGAUGCCACUUACAAAACUAAUGUAUAUGGCAUGCCGCUUGUAUUGUUUGUCGGUGCGAACAAUCACCGAGCGACAGUGGUGUUUGCUUGUGCUUUGGUGUGUAACGAAAAGAAGGCCAUGUAUGAUUGGGUGCUUGGGAAGUUUUUGGAAUGCAUGAAUAACGUGAAGCCAAAAUCAGUGGUCACUGAUGGUUGCGAGUCUAUGCAAAAUGCUAUUGAUAAGCACAUGCCUGGAACAAAGCACAGGCUUUGUGCGUGGCACAUAGGCAGAAAUGUGGGGCAAAAUAUAAAGGAAACCGAAGUGCAAAAAACUCUAGGGAAGUUGAUAUACACCUCUUACAGUAUCGAUGAAUGGCAGAGUGAGUGGGACAAUAUGGUAAGGAAACAUAAGUUGGAGAACAACUCGUGGCUGGAUUCAUUAUACGAGAAGCGGAAGAAAUGGGCAGAGGCAUUCUGCAGGGGUAAUUGGUACGCUGGGAUUUGCACAACCCAACGUUGUGAGGGCAUGAACCAUACGUGCAAAAUAAUUCUCAGCAAAUUCACAACAUUGGUUGACUUCAUACCAAGGUAUCAAAGAUGUGUUGGCCGUUUGAGGGACAGGGUCAUGUAUGAUAAUUUCAAGUCCAAAAACCACAUCAGAGAAUAUGCCACUCAUUUGACUGAUAUGGAGGAAUUUGUAUUCAAGACCUUCACAGACGACAUUUAUCUUGUUAUCCGAACUCAGAUGGAUUUUGAGAAAAGUUUUAUUAUUGAUUGCAGAAUUCCUGACUGGGAUUCACAAAAUCUGAUGGUGUAUGUCACUCAAUACAGCAAACGAAGUAGGCGAUGGGCUGUGCAAUACAUUGCAUGCAAUGCUGCGAAUAAUGUGGAAGAGUCAUACUCGUGCUCAUGUCAGCUUUACGAAUCUGAUGGCAUACCGUGUGCACACAUAUUUUGCGUCCUGAAAUCGGAAGGGGUCCGAGAAUAUCCAAAAUCACUGAUUUGUGAGAGGUGGAAGAAAUCCAGUGGGAGGAGACCACUGGACAAGACAUGUUAUGAAGACCAAGGCAAUGGGUUUAAGCCAUCAAGGUUCUUAACUCUAGCACAAGCUGCAAAGAGAGCUUGUUUAAACUUUGCCAAUACGCAUGAGGGGUUUGAGAAGGGGAUGGCAAUUUUAACUAAGCUUGAAGAAGAAUCAAUACAGUUUAGGUUUCCUAAAAAACCAAGACUGAUUGUUGAAGACAACGAGAACGUUGUGAGGGAUCCCGUUGUUGCCCAAAUGAAAGGCACACACCGGAACAACGAUAAAGGAGACAAGGAGGAGUCCGGUCGUAGAUGUUCUGCCUGCCAUCAGACCGGUCACAAUAAACAAAGAUGUCCUUCACUUAAGGAUAAGCAGAAUGAGAAUGUUGAUCAACACAUGGCAGAUAUUCCAUUGUUUGAGAAUUCAUUUGGAAUACAGAGGUCUAUGUCUUUGAGAUGUAAUGUUCGCCCUCCCACGGUAGCCACUGCAAGGCCACCUGCCCAUAUUCAGGACUUUGAUGGUUAUCGACCUGAAAUUAAUUUUCUUCCUGAUUUGAACUCCCAAGUUUCCGGGUCUGGGGAUCCAAUUGCUUAG